UACUAGGUAGUAGAAGAAGCGAUGGAAGGGGAAGUGGAAUGGAACCUGCCCCGUGCUGAUGCAAUCUCGGGCAACGGCCACCUCACAGCUGGCAAUGGGGAGAAGAAAGAGGGUCGAGAGAGGGUCGCAUGGGGAGAAAAGAGAUGCGGUCGUCCAGCCAGGUCGAGGGUUGGGCACGGAGUAGUCCGUAUAGGUGGUAGGUCUCCCUUGAGUUGUCGGAUGGAUAUGCGGAGGGCCGGCGAAUGGCAGCGUCCGGAUGGCCACAACAAGGUGAGCGACAGAAAGGUAACCAGCUAACGGGCCUUGCCAAUCCAAUGUAAUGUAAUGUACAGGUAUGGUGGCAGGUCAGUCAGCAGAAGGCGUGUGCCUCGAAAGGUUACAGGGCAUGCCCCGUGCUUGCGCGACGACAAGGCGAUCUUGAGCUAGAUGGAGCUUUUCUCGUAUGCAGACUGCCGAGAGCUUGUUCGCCGGACCAAACAAUGGAAACCAAAAUAACGUCGCACGGCACGGUGGAGCCGAUCAAUGGCUGGCUUUCAGCGGGCACGCACUGGCAGAAGAUCAGGUACUUGUACAAGUAGUCGUAGCUGGCUGUACAGACAGUAUCUCGUAUGCUGCGAAAGGGCGAGCAAAGGGGGAGAAAGUCAAUGGGCGGGAUGGGGGUCACAUCGGGGCUUUCUGUCUGGAAGCAAUAAUUAUCGCAGGGCACGCGCUCACUCGCAAGACAGCAGCAAUACGAAGCAAGUCAACAGCGCAGUGGCGCGUGUACUCCAUACUUGCCCGUAUUUGGCACAGCAGCGCAUGCGACAAUGGAGACGGCCCAAAGGGAAAGGGACGUUCGACGAGAUCAACCUUGGUAAAAGGAGGGCUUCUGGGUGCGGGCGACGCUUCCAUUCCAGGGGGGCCAGCCAAGGGGGAAGCCAUUAGCGGGUGGAGAGGCAGAGGGAGUGGCGCUGCAUGGGAUGGGCAAGGCAAGGUGAGGCCAGGCAAGACAAAGAGGCAACGCAAAAGGAUAGGUGCUGUACUCGUAGACUGUUGGAAGUUGAGCAGAAAGUCGAGAGGUUUGUGGUGUUGUAACGUUGCGGUGGAGAGUUGGUAGCGUGGAGGUUUUGACGGCGACUAGGCGCGGGAUGGACAGGGGGGGCUGGCCCAGCUGGCCGGGAAAUUUUGCCAUUGGGUCCGGCGAUUUGGAGGCGUGCUGAUGGCCUGAAAUUGCAGAGAUGCAACGGCGCGGAGCAGAACACGGAGUACAGGUACAGGUACAGGGAACCUGCGGAAUUGAUACACAUAUUGGCGGCUCAGCGGAAGUGUCCAUGUACAUGGUGCAACUCAAAUGAAGAAUCAAUCAAUCAAUCCAAU